GUUGGCAUUACGAUUGGCUAAGGAUCCUCGAUUUACUAGACUUACUUGUGAUCAUCAUACUGGGACUUGUGCUGAUGAUUGUCUAGUUACAAGAGUACAACAACAUGGAUGCUAUAUAGUAACUACUAAUGAUAGAGAUUUAAGACGUAGAUUAAGGAAG